AUUCCUUGAAAUCCUUCAAGCCUAAUUUAUCAAAUCUUUUUGAGAUAAAAAACAUAUAUGAGUGAAUUCAUCUUUUUAUUGUGACGAUAUCAAAAGAAAUUUAAAUUAAUAUUAUGAAUCAUUCAGACGGUGCUUAAUCCCCUCCUUAUUUUGGUAUGUAUCCAUUACCCUAUUGGCCAACAAGUUCACAAUUACUCUUAAUGAUGAACUUUUAAAAUCCUUUGAUGAGUCCUAUUCAUAAUUUAGGUUCUCCAAUUUUAACUUCUCAUUUGAGUUUCACCCAACCAACCAUUAAUUAUGAUAUCAAAUAUGAAUAAAGUAACUUUAAAUCUAUAUUCAUUUAAGAUUCACAACCCAAUAAAGAAACUGUAUAGACUAAAUAACCUUAAGAAUAUACUAGUCAAAUUUAAAUCAUCGCUUAGUAAUUAGAAGACAUGAAUUACAAUCAUAUAACUAUAGAAAAUCUAGAACAAUUGAUCCAUUUAUUGUUUGCUGAAUCACCAAAACUUAAAAAGAUCUAAUAAUAACUUAAAGAAAAAAAAUGUCUUAAAGUUUUCAAAAUUCUAGAAAGUUUAGCAAAAAAAAUAAGAAAACAGUCUAAAAGUAGAGAAGAAUUAAUUAAAUUUUGUCUUAGAAAAGCCUUUAGAGAAAUUUUUCAUAAAAUUCAAGAAAAAAGUACUAAAACAAGUAAUCAAAUCUUUAUAUUUAGAACUUAAUCUAAAAGCAGCAUCCAAAAUAUUUUAGUAAACCUAUUAGGCAGAAAAAAUGAAAUCUAUAUCAUUACCAUUCAGAAAAAAUAGUAAAAAUAAAACUAUGAACAAUCAUUUUCUUCAUGAGUUGUUCUAAUCUAAAUAGUUUUAAGAUCAAUAUAAAACAUUCCUUGGUAUAUUUUAUUUUUAUAUAUUAUUUAGAAAAUUUAGAUACUAUCAUUGAGAAAGAUAGAAGUAAAAAAAUAAAAGCAAUAGCAGAAAAAUCUUGGGAAUUUAUAUCAUCUAACAGAAAAGUAUAAUAAAUUUUUAAUAUAUUUAUAGUCAUAUACUUUCAAAAGAUUGCCAUGGUCAAUAAAAAAUAUAGAAAAAUUGAAAGAAACAGCAAAUGAGUUGCUAAAUUACUGUGAUGAUUAAAAAUUUAAUUGAAUAAAAUGAUUAUUAACAUAUGAAAAC